GGAUGCCGGUCCAUCUCGCUCGGCCACCCCGGCUUCAUCAGCCGCGACAAGGAUUCCUCGGUCCUGUUCGUCAGCCGGCAGCACCCGCUCUGCUCGCAGCUCUUCAGCAUCGUGAGGCAGGCCUGCGUGCGCAGCCUGAGCUGCGAGGUGUGCCCCGGCCGCGAGGGCCCGAUCUUCUUCGGGGACGAGCAGCACGGCUUCGCCUUCAGCCACACCUUCUUCAUCAAGGACAGCCUGGCGCGCGGCUUCCAGCGCUGGUACAGCCUGGUCGUGGUGAUGAUGGACCGGAUCUACCUCAUCAACUCCUGGCCCUUCCUGCUGCACGCCGUCCGCGCCGUCAUCGACGAGCUGCAGGGCGAUGCCCUCAAGGUGUUUGAGCUGGAGCAGUUCGGAUGCCCGCAGAGAGCCCAGCGGAUGAACACGGCCUUCACUCCGGGGGCCUUCCUG